AUGCCUUUCACGUCUUGCUUCGUGGGCAUCUCUGCAACGCUGCAUCGCAAGCAGCGCAUGACGGUUGCUUUCGCCUUCCGCAACGCUGUCCACCUCGUAGACUUCCACGUCGCAGACCUUGAAUUGGCUGGGGAAACGCCCAUCACAGAUGGCAUCGUCGGCUGUCUAGAGUCAUAUGCGCGUGCUAAAAGUGCCAAAAUCAUCGCUGCCGGACUCCCCAGCCUGCUGGGCGACCGCUGCUCUACCUUGUGCCCGCGACUUUGGCUCGAGCUCGAUGUCAUCCCCUUUGUCAUUCCCGAGGAGAAUUGGACGGGCACACCAUGGCGCGACAAGAAUGUCGACGAACAAGCUGAUUCAAUGGCUCGAAGGUGCAUCAGAUGCUUUAACCCGUCCAUGACUCCCGCCCUCCAAAUCGGUCGGCACAGCUCCGUGCAAGUCGACGCCGGAGGCAGUAUUCGACUCUGCGGCCUCCAAGACUACCAAAGAACCUGUUCCGCUGCCUCGUGGCAGGCCUUGAUGUUCUAUGUCGACAAGCUGCGAGCUGCGGGAACGAGGAUAGCCUUCUUCAGUGCCACGCCGCAAGGCGGUGGUGUCGCUCUGAUGCGCCAUGCACUGGUUCGUCUUUCACGGCUACUCUCCGUCGACGUCAAGUGGUAUGUCCCCAAGCCUCGACAGGCUGUUUUUCGCAUAACCAAGAACAUCCAUAAUAUACUGCAGGGAGCUGCCCGCACCCAGGCCAUCUCGGAUGCAGACAAGUCUGCCAUCAUUGACUGGGUUACAGACAAUGCGAAGCGUUACUGGCUUACUGAUGGUGGACCGCUGUGCAUGCCUGAGCAGGGCGGCGCUGAUAUCGUAGUCAUUGACGACCCCCAAAUGAUCGGCUUGAUACCGCUGAUCAAGCACGUCUCACCGAAACGGCCUGUACUCUUCCGCUCCCACAUCCAAAUCCGCAGUGAUCUCGUCGACUCCAAUCAAUCUCCACAAGCGGGCGUUUGGGAAUUCAUCUGGAACUUUGUCAAAAACGCAGAUGCCUUCCUCAGCCAUCCCGUUCCUACGUUUGUGCCUCGCACAGUGCCUCGAGACGUGGUUGCCCAUCUUCCCGCGGCCACCGAUUGGUUGGACGGCCUGAACAAGACGUUGAGCGCCCGGGAUAGUCAGUACUACAUGCAGGUUUUCAACGCAGAGUGUCAUUUACACAACAUGCCAGAGCUUGAAUGGCCUGCCCGCAACUACGUCAUCCAAAUCUCACGCUUCGACCCGUCCAAGGGACUGCUCACCGUCAUCGACUCGUACGGCGAGCUUCGGCGGCGACUCGAUCGGUCGGAUUUCGCGAGUCCACCUCAGCUCGUCAUAUGUGGCAACCCUUCCGUCGACGACCCGGAUGGCGUCGCGGCCUUCAAUGAGACCGUUACGCAUAUCCAGCUGAAAUACAGCCACUUGAAGAAGGACAUCAUCGUUGUCCGUCUCGAAGCCAAUGACCAGCUCCUCAACGUGCUCAUCAGGAACGCCCGCGUGGUGCUGCAGCUGUCCACCGCCGAGGGAUUCGAGAUCAAGGUCUCGGAAGCGCUGCAUGCAGGACGCCCUGUGAUCGGAACCUCGGUCGGCGGCAUUCCCCUUCAAAUCAGCCACGGCGUCAACGGCUAUCUUGCUCGCGCGGGCGAUUGGGACGCUGUGGCGAGCCACCUGACGGAGCUCUUCACCAAUGCCGGCCUCUACAGUGCAAUGUCGGCCGCGGCCGCAGCGGCAGCUGAAGCCGGGCAAGGCGGCGACCAGAUAAGCACCGUCGGGAACGCGACUUCGUGGUACUUCCUGGCCUGGAAGUUCGUCGCAGAUGGCGGGAUGAAGGGCAACGGAAGACGGGUGAGCGACAUGGCCAGGGAGGAACUGUACGCCAAUGGUUGA